AUGAACGGUUUGACUGAGGCUGAUGCUCAUGCUCUAGCGGCAAGUCAGACGGCGAUGGAGGUUGGAGACAACAUGGGAAACGUAGAAAUGUUCCCCUCUUCAGCUGUGGCACAAUCACAUGUCCCUGGAUCAGCUGCCAUCGGAACUCUUCAACACCCUCCUCUCCACCCUCUUCAUCAACACCACACCCGUACUUCCUCCAUCUCACAAAAUCCUUCGUUGGACAACAACAAGCACAACCGAUAUCGCGCCUCCAACACAGACACAAACGGUGUCAGCGUCAGUGUGAGUUGUGUCACCCAAACUGACCACCAGCAGGACAUUGUAGAGCAGCACAAGUCAACAGUCACGACGACCAGCACAGCGACGAAUUCGGCCAUCAUGAUGGAUGACACAGUUCCCCAUGCGCCCGCCCCCGCUCCUGUUGCUAAAGAUGCGGCGAUCACGCAGACUGCCAAUGACAAGGAAGCCAAUGCUGCUGCCGUUGCGAAUGCAGCUCCGCCAAACGACAACUCGGCAGUUCGGAAGAUUCGGUAA